GAGUAUUCGUAACAAAUCUACAAAUCGACACGAGUCAGUCGAAUUGCUGUUUAAGAAACAGUGAUUCACACACUCAUAUGAAAGACUCACACAGUUGCUAACAUUUUUCGUAUUGACUCUUGAGACUCGCAUGACACAUAAACCCUUCGAUUUUCCUGUACAAAAACUAAAACCAAAACUAAGUAGUCUCUUCAUUGACAUUUCAAUUUUUCAAUUCAAAUUCCAUAGAAAAAGUCUCGAAAUGGCAAAAGUAGAGGAUCGAAUUGGAUUUAUAGGUGGUGGUACCAUUGCUUUUGCCAUUGGUUCCCGCUUAAUAGCUAAUGGUAUUUUUCAAUCGCUCUUCGAUGAUUGUUUCAUCUUCAAAUUUCCUAAAUUCCAGGUUUCAUAAAGCCAUGUCAAGUGUUUGUAUCGUGUUCGAGUCUGAGCUCAAAAAAUUUAGAAAAAUGGCGUCAAAUUGACGCUCAAACUACCGACAAAAAUGGACUGGUCGUAACGAAAAGUGAUAUAAUUUUCAUCUGUAUCAAACCACAUCUGAUGUAUAAAUGUGCACAGCAGAUUGAGGGAAAUAUUGAGCCCGUCGUAUGUGAUAGUGAUAAACUAUUUGUAUCGCUUAUAACCGGUGUAACACUCGAUCAAUUGGAGUUAGUAAGUUACAUCUUCGGAUUUGAUUGAGCAAAUGAAUAGAGUUUCGAUUUUUUCCAUAAAAAAAAGACUCAAUUGAGACAGUGACAAGUUUGAACUUUGAACAAAUAAACAUUCUUACAAUCAUAAAACUUGGUUUUUUUCAGGCUUUCAGUUUUAUGACAACGCUAAAACUAAUUCGAAUGAUUCCAAACACAUCGGUGCAAGUGGGUGCGGGAUGUAUGGUUUAUACGCCAGGACGAUACAUAAUCGCAAAAAAUCUGGAAAAACUUGAGUCCCUUUUGACACCGCUGGGCAUUUCUCAACAGGUGCCCGAGAAAAUGAUGGAUGCGAUUACCGCUUUAACAGCUUGUGGAUCAGCCUAUGUGUAUACGGUUAUAAAAUCAAUGGCAGAUGGAUUAAUUACAUUGGGUAUUCCAUCUCAAAACGCUUUCAAAUUGACUUCUCAAACCGUAGUUGGUGCUGCUAAAAUGGUGCUCGAAACUGGAAGACAUCCAGCUAUUUUACGCGAUGAACUGUGUUUACCCGGCGAAUCGACAAUAUUCGGGAUCCAUGAGUUGGAAAAAUUCGGAAUUCGCAAUGGAUUUAUAAAUGCCAUCGAAACUGCAACUAAAAAGAACGAAGAACUCGGGAAAUUGCGAAAAUGAAUCACCAACAAUGAAACUUGUGAAUCAUUUGUUGUUGAUUAUUGGUUUGACUCAGCGUUUGAAUAAUGGAAACAUUUAUUUAUCAUUAUGAAUUUCGAAUGAUUAUUUCACAGCUGCCACAUAGUGUUUGAAGUGAUAAAAAUAACCAUAGUAAAUAAAACUAUUUCAUGUUUCAUGCAAAUAAA